CACCCACCCAAGUCAAAUGCAUGUGUGGGAGUCCAGUACUACACUUCCCUCUGAGCUCAGAGCUCAGACUCAGUGUCUUCUUCUAAGAUACACCUGAAAUAAGAAAGGUCAAAGGAUUUCAGGAGCACCACAUGCUUCUGUCUGUCUCUCUUCUCUUGGAAGGGAUGAAUUGGGGAGGUUUUGUUUUGCUCAAGCACUCAGUUGUAGGUUCUUGUCAGACUUCUCUCUGAACAUUAUUGUCUUGCUGCUUUGUGUGUUCCAUUCUUCUCAGUUCGCUCUGCUGGUCUUCUCACACACUUUAUUUUGCUAUUCAGUAAUGCGGCUACCUGGCACUAAUUCAGAUUAAACUGAUCCUUCUGUGUUCCAUCAAGCACAAAUUCAGAAUAAAUCGAGCAGUGUUUGUGCUCCCGAAAAACAAAACAAACGGAAAAUAGUUUCAGAAAGCAUGAAGUUAGUAGCUUUCGGAUUAGUUUUAUUGGGGUGCCUCCAAUCUUUGGCAGCUCCUGACCGCCAAGUCAUAGCACUGCAUGAAAUAAGGAUGAUGCUCACCGACAGCCGUGGUGUUUUGAAAGACUGGAAUGAUAAUCAAGUUAGCCCCUGCUACCUUGCUAAUGUUAGAUGUGAUCAACACGGCGACGUUAUUGGAAUGUUAUUGGACGGUAACAGCAUAACAGGAGGAAUUCCACAAGAGCUAGGGAACCUAUCAAAUUUAAUGACUCUAAAACUUGGAAGAAAUAAAUUAAAUGGCUCGAUACCUGAAUCUGUUGGCCUUCUUUCAGAGCUCCAAAAUCUGGAUCUAAGCCAAAAUUUGUUGAUUGGCAACAUUCCGAGCUCUUUGUCAAAUCUUUCAUCAUUGAACAAUAUCAAUCUUGCAUAUAACAGUCUUAGCGGUGAAAUACCAGAACAGCUACUUCAGGUGUCCCAAUAUAACUAUACAGGCAAUCAUUUUAAUUGUGACCAGCACUUAACUUCAUGUGCGGGAGGCACUAAUAAGACAGCAACAGGUGGAUCAAGGAACUCCAGACUCAAGGUGAUUAUUGGAAGCAUUGGUGGAGCAGUCACACUGAUUGUGUUUGUAGUUCUAUUUCUGCUAUGGUGGCAAAGAAUGCGCCACCAUCCUGAAAUAUACAUUGAUGUUGCAGGUCAGCAUGACCACAGCCUAGAGUUUGGGCAGAUAAAGCGUUUCUCGUGGCGAGAACUCCAGAUUGCAACCAAUAAUUUCAGUGAGCUAAGUGUUCUUGGCAAGGGCGGUUUUGGUAAAGUGUACAUAGGAGUGCUUCCAGGUCCAGACGGUAAGAAAGUUGCAGUCAAACGACUGUUUGAAGUGGGAAGCCCUGAAGGUGAAAUGGCUUUCCUCAGAGAAGUGGAAUUGAUAAGCAUUGCUGUGCAUAAGAACAUAUUAAGAUUAAUAGGGUUCUGCACAACGCCGACAGAGCGGCUCUUGGUAUACCCUUUCAUGGAGAACCUGAGUGUUGCUUCCCGUUUAAGAGAUAUAGAACUUAAUGAACAAACAUUAGAUUGGCCAACAAGAAUGAGAAUCGCACUUGGUGCUGCCCGUGGUUUGGAAUAUCUUCAUGAGCACUGCAACCCCAAAAUCAUCCACCGUGAUGUCAAGGCCGCCAAUGUCCUACUUGACGGGAAGUUUGAAGCAGUCAUAGGAGACUUUGGGCUGGCGAAGAUGAUGGACAUGGGGAGAAACACAGUGACAACGGGGGUCCGCGGGACAAUGGGCCACAUAGCUCCUGAGUACUUUAAGACGGGAAGGCCAUCAGUGAAGACAGACAUAUUUGGGUAUGGUGUCAUGUUAUUAGAGAUUGUGACAGGUGAGCGUGCAAUUUUCCCCGACUUCAUGGAAGGAGCUGGCGAGGUCAUGCUCAUUGAUCAAGUGAAAUUGAUGAUGCAAGAAGGGCGAUUGGAAGAAAUCAUAGACCGCAAUAUAAACUGUGGAUAUGACUCUCAAGAGCUAGUAAAAAUUAUCCAAGUAGCACUCCUCUGCACCCACAUUAACCCUGGUCAACGCCCUGCUAUGUCGGAAGUUGUGCAUAUGCUGGAAGGAAAUAUUGUGCUGAAAGAUCGGUGGGAGGAGUGGCAGCAAGCUGAGCUUACCCGCCGGAAGCAGUAUGAGAAUAACCAGCACCGCAAAUUAUUCAGCUUCAGUGAGGAAUCACUCAACAUCCAUGAAGCCAUUGAGCUAUCUGGUGGCAGAUGAGCUGCAAGAAUAUCUAAACAUAACAUGGUUUCACUUGCCUCUUCGUUAGAAAGAGGAAAUAUCAAAACUCAGAAAUGUUUUUGCAGAUAUUAUCUAUCAGGAAUACUCAAAAGAAUUGGGAAGAAAAUGCAAGCGGGUUUAUAGAAUCAUUGAUAGCACUAUUUAUAAGUAACUGCACAUAGUAUGUGGUGCUGUUAACACAGUGUUGUACUGUUGUGCUUCUACAUCUAGCUCACACAUUACUAACCUAUGUAUAGUUGAUUUUAUCUGUGUGCACAUGUCUUGCACAUGAAAUUU